UGAAUUCUAGAGGAUAUUAGAACUGUAAUUCAUACUCUUACUGUUUUAAUGAUUAGACAUAAAAAGAAUCUUGUAGGAAAUGGCGAAAAUGGCUUUGAGAAGGAUAUCUUCUAGCUCUUCAGAAAACUUGACAUGCCCACUUUGCUUCGAUAUCUUCGUCGAGGCAAGCAUUCUUCCGACAUGUGGGCACACUUUCUGUCGGGGGUGCUUAAGGAACUACGGACAAGCCCAUCCAAAUAAUAACCACAUGGUGUGCCCAGUCUGCAGGAAGGUCUCCAAGUUUACUUCUGGAAAACGUUCUGAUGAUUUCCCUCCUAAUGUGACGGUCAACGGAUGCAUAGACGACUACAACGCGAAAAAGAGGGAGGCUCGUCCAUAAUGCAAUGGUUGCGGACGGCAGAGGGAUGCCGAGUUAUUCUGCAAGACCUGCGACAGGUAUUUGUGUGAUAGGUGUGUGACUGGUCAUCGAGAAAUUGCUUUUCUUUUUGAAGGUCAUGAGACUGUUCCCAUUGAGGAUGUCAUUGAUCAAGCUUCUAAAAAAGACUGCACCCACAAACAAGAGGACAAAAACAGUGGAACACUCCCAAAAUGCAAUGCUUGCAGACGGCAAAGGGAUGCCCAGUCAUUCUGCAAAACCUGCGACAAGUAUAUGUGUGAGAAGUGCGUAGCGGGUCAUCACGAGAUGGCUUUUCUUUUUGAAGGUCAUGAGAUUGUUCCAAUAGAGGUUGGCAAGGGGGAGGAGAAGGGGUGCAAGAAUGCGGACAAUCCUCGUCCUGACCUUAGCAGCAUCUCAGGAUCAGAUCCCAAGAUGGAAGUCAUUCGGUGUGUAAAGCUACGGGGAUGGGCGUGGGGAAUGACGAGGUACUUGGGCGAACGUGUGGCUAUCGGAUAUGGGUGGCAUGCCAUGAAAAUAGAUAUCAUUGAUUCAACUGGUAGAAUGCAACAGUACCAGAACAUACGUAGUGACAAGUAUAGCGAUCUUGUAUUUCUCCAAGACAAGUCCCUAUGCCUUGCAACGGAUGAAAGCGAUAAUGCCAGCAAUAACGAGGUAAACAUAUAUUCUCCAAAUGGAUCUAAGAAAUCAACCAUCCAGGUGAGAGACGAAGUUGGCAGUUUCAGACUUACCAGAGGGCCAUCAGAUGAAAUCGUCAUUACUCAGCUAGCUGCAGAUCGAGUCUACAUCUACGACCCUACAGGGUCUAUUCUCAAACGCUUUCAAGCAAUACACAGGAUCGGCCAGGCAAUUGUGACCAGGUCGGGUUUGAUCGUCACGAGUUCAUGUUUUGCCCAUCCAAACGAGGUGAGGGUCUAUGACAGACAUGGCAACGCUGGUAAGUCAAUAAACGCUCCAGAGGGCGUCUACUUGGGGAUGUACGCUGCCGUGGAUGAGCAAGACAGGGUGUAUGUAGCCAGCAUUGAUAGGGAGAAUGGUGAGGUGGGUAUCAGGCUCUAUGAUCUCGAUGUUAAUAAUCUGGACCUGGUGGAAAGAAUCGUGUUCCCUACACUCCAUUUGGCAAUGACUAGUAAUUUGAGUAGCUUCGUUUGCCUCUCACACGACAUGCUUGCACUUGCUUGUGGGUGGAACUUGUAUUUUAUCAGCGCGUCAUGUAUCUCAGACUCUUGAAUCCACACUCUUGUUCCGUUUGCUAAAAAUUUACAAUUUACAACCCUCCAUUUACACACACACACA